AUGAGAUAUGAUCAGAUUUGUAAUUUUAACAAAGAGAAAACAAGGCAGAUUCCAAGAAAACAACAGGAGAUGAUUGUUGAAGAAAGCAUAUAUGGAAGAGAGAGUAGGUCAAGAGUUGGAGAGCUGACAAGGAAAAAAGAAUCAUAUAAGAACAAACACAGUCAUGCCAACAACUCCUCUUCUCCUACAUCCCCCUCCCCAACCUUCUCUACCAAGCCUUGCACUCAUCUUGAAAUGUCCGCCUCCCCGGAGCUCGCUCGCACAACGCCGCCCGAGUUCUCGCUGAGGCCGAUCAAGAUGGCGCCGCCGUCGAAGGACGACGACGAAGAGUGCCACACGCCGACCGCCGAAGAGAGCAAGCUCCCGUCCACCACGCUGAGCUGCCCGCCGGCGCCGAGGAAGCCAGGUACGGCGCGGCGGUGCAAGAGGAGGCUGUGGCCUGAAGCGGAGCUCAUCGAGAUCGGAGCUGAAGAGAUGGAGCAGGUGUUUGGGUCGAGGAGUCAAUGCAGUCAUGCAAAGAAGAGAAGCUGAUGACAGCUGAUCAUACUCGUCUUCUUCACAUCUCUGUAUAUCGUGUGAAGUAUGGCUUGGAUUAGUAAUCUCCUCUUUCCCGGAGGUGUUUCGGUUUCUGUAUUCCGAGCAAGAUAUAGAUCAUAUUGUUGCUGUUCAGCGACA